AUGUUUCGGAUGCCUGCAGUCAAGAAGCCCUUCUCGAGCCACCGGCUGAGCGAUACGCAGAAGUCCAUAGAGGACGGUGCGCCAAGCCCCUAUGUACCUGCCACGCCGACGAGCGUCACAAGCGUGACCUUUGAUUGGGCUCAUGCCUGCCCCAUCUACACCAUCAAGGGCAACAGCGUUUGGCACAAGGGCGGUGGUGAGCUGCCGUACCGCCCUGUCAUUGGCGAUCUCGCGAUGCGGCCAAACACAGGCAAGUACCUCUUCUCCUACCGCAUCAACACCGACAACAGUCGUGUCGGCUUCUGCACCAGCUGCGUUUACACCAACGAUGAAGAUCUGCAGAAUAUAGAGUUCGGCAAGGCUGUUGCGAUGGACGCGGAGAGAAGUGAGCCGCUGCUGGACCAAAACCUGGCGCAACCGAGCUUUCUGCAGGCCAUUGGCGCCGUUCCUACGCCGCCUAGCAAGCCUUGGGAGGCCUAUAUGGAUCUACAAACCUCGAAAGUGUUCGUGAACGGCGUCGAGAAGCACAGUUUCUGGCGUCUUUUCGUGCCCAUCAGCGGCGGCGUUGCCUCCUUUGUAGUGGACACCAACGCCGGCGCGGUGCAAAUGUUUAUGAACGGCAAGUACGUGGGCAUGAUGCUGGAUGAGCAAAGUGGGCUAAAGGGCAACACUGUAUACCCCUGUGUGGGCAUCUCCGGGUGUGACAUGGCCAAUCGCAGCAUCGAGAGUGGGUGCAUGGGUGCCUUUGUCGAGCCAGCCCAUGCGUUCGAAUGCCUCUACUAG